UGGCUAUAAUUAGUAACUCAUUUUAUGGUCUUGUCUGUAAGCCUUGUGGGAAUUAUGCAAGUCACAAUCAGAGACUGACACUGUUGUAACUUGUACUGUCCGAUCAAAAAAAAAAAAUCAGACAUCAAAGUCAGGAUGGCCGAGUGGUCUAAGGCGCCAGACUCAAGUUCUGGCGGUUCAAAUCCCACUUCUGACAUAAUAGUUUUUGUUCUCCCUUGAUUCGUUCAACAUACUUACCUUUUUUCGUACACUGCACUUACACCUCGAAGAGCUACAUAUAUUUCUGUUGAGGUUCGGUGAUUCUUUUUGUGGUUUUCGAAAUUUUGUAAAGAUGGGUAAGAGUGGAAACAAGAAAGGAGGAGGGUUUGUUAAUGGAAGCAGCAGCAAUCAAGGUGGUGGUUUAACACUUAGACAACAAAUUCAUGGAAGCAAUCAGAAGAAUAAAAUUGGUGGGAGUUCUUCAAAUACUAGUAAUAGUGAUAGGAGGUCAACAUUGAAAACCAAACAUUUGGAGAAAUUGGGAUUAUGGGCUGCUGAUGUUUCAAUUCCUUCAUUAAGUGCUUUGUUUGGACGAAUAUUAGCUUCUUCUUGUGAAUCUUUGGGUACUCCUGUUGAUUCUUCCUUGGUUCUUUGCCAGAGAUGUGAAUCGAUUCUUCAACCAGGUUCUAACUGCACUGUUAGAAUCGAAAAGAACGGAUCAAAGAAGAAGAAACGGCGCAAAUCCUCAAGUGUUCCGCCACAAAACAAUGUUGUUUAUACAUGCAACUUUUGUUCACAUAGAAACCUGAAAAGAGGGACCUCGAAGAGUCAUAUGAAAGAGAUAUUACCUCCAAAACCGAAACAAGUUAAAUCUGAUGAGAAGCGAUUAAAUCUGGUAAAAACUAAAGUGGAUGAAGGUAAGUUAGAUAUGACGAAUAUGGAGGCAAUAGUUUGUCCAGAAAACGUGACAGGAUUUAAAGAAAAUAUUGCUGCCCAGAUUUGUUCAAGUUCUGAAAAAGCUACAGAAAGCAAUAAUGAGAGAGGCAAGAUUGCAGAAGAGCUAGUACCUUCAGAAUAUAUCCCAAUUGAAAUGUCAGAAGCAACGGUCCCUGAGAUGAAUUCAGUGACUGGUAAAGAUGUUGCAAGUGAAAAAACCCCUGUAACUCCACCGAAUAAAGCGCCAAUGCUAUUGCUAGAUUCUAAACGAAGAAAGAGAACCAAGUCUCAUAAUAAACAGGUUGCAAAUGAAAGCAACUCCGCAACCACAGAAGCAGAAAAAGUUUCAACAUCUUCGAAUAAAAGGAGGAGGAAAUCAUGGUCCAGUUUGAAGGAGUUGGCUGAAGCUAAUGAACGGAAGAAUGACAUAGCGAACCUGAAAAUCCCGUUUUGUUUAUGAAGAAGCAUCAACAUUCAGAUUCUAUCGGAUAUUAUUGACUGUCGAGUAAAGCUUUUGGUUAUAAGUUCUCAGUCGUAGGGAAAGAGCAAUUAGAACCUAAUUUGUUAUUUUUAUUUUGAAAAUGCUUACUGAGAAAUGAUCUACAAGUGCACAUCAAGAAGGUUUUAGUGCUAGACAAGAAUGCCCAACUUUGUACCUUUGAUGAAAUAUUGGAAUGCAAAGAGGUAUACUACAGUAAACAUGAAAU